AAAGUAGAGCGCUUUCGAUCAGUGGAGUGUGGAACAACUGCAAGCAAACUAAAAAAUCAAACAAAAAAUGGAAGUUUACCUAAGUCAUUGAUAAAAAGAUUAAAAAGAAGUACUUUGCGAAAGAAGCCAUCAUUAUCUACAAAGUAGUGUCGCUUAGAUUUCCUAUCUCAGAAGGACAACAACCUUUGGCGUCCCAGAAAUUAAUCUCCGACAUGGAACUUGUUACUAAACUGUUGUUGUUAUUUACUUUUAUUCAGGCUGGGAAACCACAGGAAGAAGAACCAGAUCAUUGGCUUCAACUGGCCGAGAAUGAAUUAGAAACUGCGCUUAAACGAACCUUAAACACCAACAAAGCUAAAAAUGUGAUCUUGUUUAUCGGGGAUGGAAUGGGCGUGUCCACAGUGACGGCCGCCCGGAUUUACGGGGGCCAGCUCAAAGGGAGACACGGAGAGGAGAGCGUUUUGGAGUUUGAAAAGUUCCCGAAUGUUGGUCUAUCAAAAACGUAUCUCUGCGACAGACAAGUGGCGGAUUCAGCUGCCACCGCCACGGCGAUGCUAACGGGGGUGAAAACGAACUGGUAUAACGUAGGACUGACAAGCAAGGCACGAAUGGGGGAGUGUCAAUUUCCCAAAGACUCCGAGAUAGACACAAUACUCCAACAAUCGGAAAAGGAGGGUAAAUCUACAGGUAUUGUGACGACCUCCCGGAUCACCCACGCCACCCCCGCUACUGCCUACGCCAAGGUUUCUCACCGCUACUGGGAAACAGACACCGAUCAAAAGAAGUACGGCGGUGCUGGGUGUGGCCAGGACAUCGCCCAACAGUUAAUCUACAAAAACAGUGACAUCGAUGUCAUUUUGGGGGGUGGCAGACGAGGAUUCUAUCCGAACACCACACGAGACCCAGUAACCAACUCCAGCUACUUACGACAAGACGGGAUAAAUCUAAUUCAGGAAUGGAAGGUGAUGAUGGAGGAUUCGGGACAAAACUACAAGUACGUGGAGAACACUGAGCAGCUGCGCUCUGUGGAUCCAGCCACCACCGACAAAGUUCUAGGACUGUUUGGCAGUAGUAACAUGGCAUACGAAUUACAGCGGGACAAAGGGCCGAAGGGAGAACCCUCUCUUUCAGAAAUGACGAAAAAAGCUAUACAAAUCCUGCAGAAGAAUAGCAAAGGGUACUUCUUGUUGGUAGAAGGUGCAAGGAUUGAUCAUGGUCAUCACGACAGCAAAGCCAAAGUUGCGUUAUCGGAGACAUUGAUGCUGGACGAUGCGGUCCGAGUAGCCACGGAGAUGACGGAUGACGACACGCUUAUGAUCGUUACGGCCGACCACUCACACGUGUUUAACAUCGCCGGGUAUCCAAAACGAGGCAACGAUAUAUUAGGAGUAGUGAACCCUAUCCCAAAAGACUGGUUCCCCGAGGAUGACAAAGCGUAUACCACCCUGUUGUACGGCAAUGGACCAGGCGGGGUAACGCCCGAUAAACCGAGACAAGACCCAAGGGAAGUGGACACAACCGCUGACGACUAUCAGCAAACAAGCGCCAUUCCCUUGAAAUCGGAAACCCACGGAGGCGAGGAUGUGGCGAUCUAUGCACGCGGCCCCUGGGCGCAUCUAAUACACGGCGUGCACGAACAGCACUACAUAUAUCACGUGAUGUCUUUAGCUUCCUGUGUUGGGACCCAGAAGAAUAAGUGUUCCGUUCUCAUAAACAAUGGACAGGGACAGAUAAACGUUCAUUACUCCAAUAUAAAAAUAGCUGCUUUUUCAAUUUUAGUGAUGAUGGCUGUUUAUUUAUAGCAAGAGCAUGGCCUAACGAAAACGCCAGUAUAAAUCAACUAGCAUCGACAUCAGUAGGUGUUAAGUUCAUGUAUGCAUAUAUUUUCAUUUUCAAUUAUGUCAAUAUACACCAAAAUAAUUAUGUUUGCAUGUUCUUUAAUUUUCAUUCGUUAA